AUCUUCACUUGAAUCUGGGAACGUUUGUUUGAUUCUAUGAUGCUGUUUAAGAAAAUGGAAAGUUCAGAAGGAUUCUUGGAAAUGGACAUGGAUCGUGAACAGAAGUCAGGAUUUCGGAAAGGUGGUCCAUGUGGCAGGUGGAUGGGUCUCCUUGUGCUUCUGGGAAUGGUUGCCAUGGUGAUUUCCAUGGUGAUGAUAUUUGUCAUCUGUGGAGACCUGGUGAAGAAGGUUGUUGAGGUGCAGAAUUCAGUGUCCAGUCUGAAUUUAUAUUUGAACAAAUCCAGUGACCCAAUGCCCAAUGGAGUUCCAGAAAAAAGGCUGUCCAAUAUCGAGACGCUGGUGAACAGUUUUAGCUCAUCGUGGAGUUCAGUCACAUCCAAACAAGAUGGAAACCUGCAAAGACUCGAGCAGCAUCAGCCCACGUCUAACACUGAGAUAAAGAACCUGCUGCUCACUUUGAGUUCUUCAGUAUCAGCGCUGACCUCCAAACUCAACGAUGCAGUUAGCAAGCAGGAACAAAAGCUGACUGAAACAGAACGAUUGUUGGACAGUUUGAAGACAUCAGUCGCAAAUCAACAAAACAUACAAUGUGACUUUGGAGAAAAGAAAUUGACAAAUAUUGAGACGUUGGUGAACAGUUGUAGCUCAUCGUUGAGUUCUGUCGCAUCCAAACAAGAUGCAAACCUGCAAAGACUCGAGCAGCAGCAGAGCGCUUCCAUCACUGAGAUAAAGAAUCUGCUGCUUAACUUGAGUUCAGCAUCCGCGCUCACCUCCAAACUGAACGAUGCAGUUAACAAGCAGGGACAAAAGCUGACUGAAACAGAAUACCACUGCGCUUUUCCUAUAGUGUACUGGAGAGAUGAAACGGACAAUUCUGUCUUGUUUUCAGAAGUGAGAGUCAUAAGCAGUCUGAAUGAGCUGAAAGCCCAGAUAAACAACCAAACAAAAUCAUCAGUGAGAUCUGCACCCACCUGUAGAUCCGGCUGGACCCCCUACAGCAGCAGCUGUUAUCUGUUCUCCAUCAACACGCUGAACUGGACGGAGGCGCGGGAUUACUGUAAAGAACAGGGAGCGUCGCUACUGAAACUCGACGGGAGUGAGGCCGAGUGGGCUUUUGUGACGCAUUUGACCAUACCAAAUGAUUACUGGAUCGGUCUGACGGAUCAGACCACGGGGCUGUGGAGAUGGACUGACGGGACUCCUUACAUCAUGAAUAAAGAACGCUGGAGUGUCGGACAGCCGGAUGACUGGAGAAGUCACGGUCUGGGAGAAGAAGGUGAAGAUUGCGGCCAUAUAACGUGGAGCGGGGAGUUAAAUGACUCUCACUGUUCAAUAAAAUAUCGAUACGCUUGCAAAGUCCAGUUUUGA